AUGUCUCCUGAGUAUGCAAUGGCAGGGACUUUCUCGGUGAAAUCUGACGUCUUCAGCUUUGGAGUCUUGAACUUAGAAAUUGUCAGUGGAAGAAGAAAUGAAAGCUUUUCCUAUCUUAACAAAAUUGUCAAUAUAAUCGGAUACGCAUGGGUGCUAUGGCUAAAAGGGGAUGCAUUGAUGUUAGAAGACCCAACUCUAGCAGAUACUCAUGGCAUACCCCAAUUAUUAAGGACUAUCCAUGUGGCACUUCUUUGCGUACAAGAAAACGCAUUGGAUAGACCAAAGAUGUCGGACGUGAUCUCUAUGCUUAACAAUGACACCAUGUCAUUACCUUUCCUAAAGUAG